AAACUAUUUGUUUUGUGUUAAUCCAAUGAUAGAUGAAUUGUUUCUUAAACAUGUUUUAUUACGAUGAAAGUGACCAUGAAGAGAGAAAGGAGAGAGUUUAUGAAUUAACAAGUAUAAAUAGAGUAGUGAACUGUUCAGUUGGUCAACAAUAGACGAUUCAAAAUGUUGGCCUCAUUUAUCCUGUUAACUUUCAUUCUUAAUUUUCAUUCGAGCCAAGCUUGUUUCAUUACCAACUGUCCACCUGGAGGUAAAAGAUCUCACGGUGAUGUUGACCAUAUGAGAGAAUGUCUUAGAUGUGGUCCUGAUAAUCGUGGUCAUUGUGUUAGUCCAAAUAUAUGUUGUGGCACAGAAUUUGGUUGUUUGAUUAAUAAUCACUAUUCCUCUCCAUGUAGAGCUGAAAAUUUGAUUCCAACUCCAUGUAAAAUUCCAGGUAAAUUAUGUUCAUCAGGCGAAGGUGUCUGUACUUCCAAUGGUAUUUGCUGUAACUCGGAUGGGUGUUUCAACGAUUCAACUUGUGAAAAUGAUAAAUUAUCAAACAUGCAAAGAAUCUUUACCUCUGAUUAAAAUAAUCAUGACUAUCAUUCACACACAACUCUAUUCAAAUGUAACACUCUAGCAAUGAAUUGUGUCCUAAAAUGUUGUAAAUGACAAGAAUGUUGAAUUAAACAAGAUUAUGUUAAAAAAA